AUGACUGAAGCCAAACAAGAUUUAAUCGAGUUAUCAACAAAUCCUUUAGAUGAAUGGAUAAAUACACAUUAUGAUGAAUUGUGUGCAGGUAUGAUGUGUAAAAAUGCUCUAUUCUGCAAACCAUCAGACAUGAAAGACAAGAAUUUUCAAAUGAGUAUUAAGGAUAAAUGUGAAAAGAAACAAAGAAAAACAGACGGUAAACAUACGUGGUAUUAUGUUUUGAAAGAAGAAAUGAAAGGAUUAUAUAAACAGGUUGAACCAAACGAUAAUGAGGAUUCAUUUACUGACGAUGAAAUACCUGUAAAUGAAGCUUUAUAA